AUGACCAGGCUCAAAGAAGACAAGAUGGCGACCAAUGCUUCGCCAGCAGAGAAAGACAUUGCAACUGAGUCCGCUACGAUGGAGCCUCUCGAGUCUGUACAGACCAACAAUGUCCGACCAGCAUGCUUCAAGUCGACCGCGCAAGAGGUGCUGUUCGUCCUGACGGCCACUAUGGCCAUCGCCAUGCAAGCCAUGCUAGCCGGAUCUGUGACCGUCACAUCUUCCUUCAUCGGAGCCGAUCUUAAGAUGACUACGGCAGAAGUCACAUGGAUAUCCUCAGCAUCUUCGCUGUCGAGUGGAGCGUUCUUACUCUUUUUCGGCAAAGUUGCAGACUUGUUUGGCCGCAAGAGUAUGUUCGUCGGCUCACUCUUCCUCUUCGCCGUCUUUGCCCUGGUGGCUGGUUUCGCAAAGUCUGCUAUUGCAAUUGAUGUUCUUAACGGUAUCAUGGGUCUCAUGUCUGCGAGUGGCGUGCCACCAGCCGUCGGCAUUCUGGGAGUCGUCUACGAGAAACCGUCGAAGCGCAAGAAUUACGCCUUCGCCUGUUUUUCAGCUGGCAACCCUCUUGGCUUCGUCUUCGGGACAAUUUUAGGCGGUCUGGCCACCAACCUUUUCGGCUGGCGAGCCUCAUUCUGGCUGAUAGCCAUCAUAUUUGGUGUCUUCACGGUUGUGGGUAUAUUCACGAUACCACGAGACUUUACUGCUAAAGAACCUAUGAAUAUGGAAACGCUCAAGAAAUUCGACCUGCUCGGAACUGUCUUCAUCAUCUUCGGCAUUGGCAUGUUCUCCGCGGCACUCAGUCUAGGCGAGACUGCUCCACAAGGCUGGAAGACUGGCUACGUCCUAGCGCUACUGAUCGUUGGCCUGGCCUUGAUGGUCGGCUUCGUGUUCUGGGAUCUCUGGUACAAGUAUCCGCUAGUUCCCAUGAACAUUUGGAAGGACCGCAACUUUUCUCUGUCCUUAUGCAUCCUACAGCUCGGCUUUAUGGCCUUCAUCCCUGGGAACUUCUUUAUGGCCCUCUACUUUCAGCAAGUCUGGCAUCUGUCUGCAUUAGCGGUAGCGGUGCGGCUGUUGCCCAUGGCCAUCAUGGGCAUGAUCGUGAAUGUUGUCGCAGGCUUGAUCCUGCACAAGAUUUCGAACAAGCUUCUGAUGCUGAUCGCCACUUUGGCGUACUCUACUGCCUUUCUACUUAUGGCUUUCAAUCGACAUGAUAGCAGCUAUUGGGCCUUCUGCUUUCCCGGAUUCAUUCUUAUGGUAGUCGGCGCGGACCUUGAAUUCAAUGUCGCAAACAUGUAUGUGAUGUCGUCGAUGCCGGCACACCAACAAUCAGUUGCCGGUGGUAUAUUCCAAACAGUCGCCAAGCUAUGUACGACCCUGGGCUUUGGCAUCUCCACAGCAGUGUUCAACGCGGUCCAGCAGAACCCGCGGAUGGCGUCCUACUGGGACAGGACUACUCAGCCUUAUGCGGCGACUAUGUGGGCAGCUGUAGCGAGCUCGUUGCUUGCAUUAUGCCUUAUACCGUUUUUGACGCUGGGUACUCAGGGCGGCAAGCAAGAGGCCAAGGUAUCUGUCACGACCAGCGAUGCGGGAGAAACACGCCAAAUAUGUUUGCAUCACGAAGACGAGAAGAGGCUUGAGGGCAAUGUAUCGAUAGCGCAAGCAGGACCAGCACAAGCUGCGAUGUAG